AUUUCCGUUAACAGACGUGUUUGGCAGGGCUAAUCUGUGUACUUUGACUUUGUUUAUUUUCGCCUGGGUGCUCUGGUCGAUCGCGAGAGAUGUUGCGACCAGCAAUUUUUUUGCCCGAUCUUAAAAUGAAUGAAGGAUGAAUUAAACUAUGGAAAAACUUGUGGUAAUAUCGGGAUUGUUGUUCUUCCUAGCUGAUGUCUUUGCUGUGGCGAGUCUGGCAAAUCCAGAAUGGGUUAUUUCAGACGAUGCAAGUGCAGGUAAUUUCAAGAUCGGCCUGAUGUCACAGUGCCUUACAAUUUUUGGUCGGGACCCAGUUUGUCUGGCACCCAACUUGUCGCCGGAAUGGGAAGCCACAUUAGUUUUCAUUGUCCUCGGUAUUCUCUGCUUGACGACCACAUGCGGGCUGUUGGCGUUGUCACUCAAGAAAACCAAAGCCCUGAAGUACGCAAGAUGGGUGGCCUUUUCUGCAAUGAUUUUCUUCUGCGUGGCAGCCCUUAUCUUUCCAGUGGGGUUUUACGUGGAUGAGAUAGGCGGUCAGCCCUACAAGUUACCCACGACCGUCAAGGUGGGAUCGUCCUACGUCAUGUUCAUUCUGGCCAUCUUCCUGACCAUCAUCUCGGAGCUGUUUGCCGGCAAGAUUUGCCUGCCGAGGCUUUGACGGUGAUGCAGAGUUUGUAGUCAGGACAAUUGCAAGUCAUUUAUGAGUUGAAUCACGAGUAACAACAGGGAAGGAACAAUGACAGCGGAGUGCAUUUAUCACAGUUUGUUUUGUUAACUUGUGACUUGACUUGAGUCUGGAUUUGAUGGACUUGUGAUUGACUCAUGAAUGAUUGGCUUGUGACAACUUGAUUACAACUGCUCUUUGUCUGUUAGCAUCUGGAUGCAGGGUAGUUUGAAAAAAAAGACUCAAGUAUGACAAAAAGUGACCAAAAAAGUGUCCAGUAUUUAAAGGAAAUAGUUAACAAGGAAACAGAAAG